AUGGGCUGUACCACGUCUUCUCCUAACUCGGUUAUUGAGGGGGCAGCUAGAAAUAGCAACCAGAAUGCCGGAGACAAUAGCGAUGUGAGCCUAGUUUCUAAGGAAAAUGAACCCAUCGACGUCGCAGGGAAUUCAGCUGAUAGUGUCGAGGUGGAGAAGGAAACCACAGACAACGUAGCCAACCUUGAGCUUAAAAUGACCUUUGAGAAGGAGGAGCCCAUUGUCAUAAAAGCCGACACUCAAGAUCUCAUUCAGACCCAUAGCGAUUCCAACAUGCCUGAGGUUAUGGCAGCCAAGAAAGGAUACGUGGCCUUCGAAGUCAACCUGGAUGGUCAAGUGGAUCCGUACUUAGACACUUCUAAGAGGCCUCUGCCUAAACGCCUUAAACAUCUUGAACCACUUCCCGGGGCUCCGAAACUAACAGCCGAAGAGUUGAAUGAAAAGCUAGAGCGAGCAGAGCAGAAACGUUUAAAGGCACUGGCCAUCAGAAAGUCGGGAAUAAGCCGUCGACUCGGGACGCAUUUGAAGCCAACCCCAAAUCAGACUGGAGAUGCUCCCAGAGCCGCUCCACGCGAAGAAGAGGCUCCAGAGAGCGAGUCUGCAAGCCUCGGUACAGCCGAAAACAGUGCAGAGGCAGUCACUCCCACGGAAUUGAAGGACGGUUCGGAGUCGCCAGAAUCUUCCGUGAAGCCGGAGGCGAAGGAACAAGUCGCCGAGUUGGAGCAGCAGAUGGCGAGUUUCGAGGUUGUCGACCUGUACGACAGCAACAACAACAACGUCAGCGAGCCACCGACCCACGUCCCACAGUUGCGAUAUGCUAAAGUCGUCGAGCCAAUGGCAGAACAGGUAGUGGUGCAGCACCACCGGUUGAACGCCGUCCAGGAGGUUGACGAGUGGGACAAUUGA